AUGCCCAGGGAGCUCCUCACCGUCUCGGCGGGGCAGGCCGGCAACCAGAUCAGCAGCGAGUUCUGGGCCCAGCUCUGCGCAGAACACGGCAUCAGCCCCGAUGGCCUCCUCGAAGAGCACCCGUUCGCCUCGUCGGCCUCGUCCGCUCUCGGCGACAGCGCCAGCAUCUCGCCAGCGCCUGCCACACCGCACCAACCCUACCACGACCGCAAGGACGUCUUCUUCUACCAGGCCGACGACGACCGCUACAUCCCUCGCGCCGUCAUGGUCGACCUCGAACCUCGCGUCUUGAACGGCAUCCGCAACAGCCCGUACGCCAACCUGUACAACCCCGAGAACUUCUUCGAGUCGCAGGACGGCGGUGGAGCGGGCAACAACUUCGCCAAGGGUCAUGCCGCAGGAGACGCCGUCUGGAACGACAUUGCCGAGAUGCUCGAGCGAGAAGCAGAGGGGAGCGACAGUCUCGAGGGUAUCAUGCUCCUGCACUCGAUCGCCGGUGGCACGGGCGCCGGCCUCGGCUCGUACAUCCUCGAGCGCCUGUCGGACGUCUUCCCCAAGAAGCUCAUCCAGACCUACUCGGUCUUCCCGCACGCCACAGGGGACAUUGUCGUCCAGCCGUACAACUCGAUCUUGACCCUGCAGCGCCUCGCCGAGUACGCCGACUCGGUCGUCGUCCUCGACAACAAGGCGCUCGCCAACAUCUGCCAGGACCGCCUCCACAUCGGCGAGCCGAGCUACUCGCAGACCAACCAGCUCGUCUCGACCGUCAUGGCCGCGUCGACCCAGACGCUGCGGUACCCGGGCUACAUGAACAACGACCUCGUCUCGAUGAUCGCGUCGCUCAUCCCGACGCCGAGGUGCCACUUCCUGUCGACGAGCUACACGCCGUUCACGAGCGACAAGGUCGAGCAGGCUCGCGCCGUGCGCAAGACGACCGUGCUCGACGUCAUGCGCCGGCUCCUUCAGCCCAAGAACCGCCUCGUGUCGACGUCGUUCGCGAGCGACGCCAAGUCGAGCUGCUACAUCUCGAUCAUGAACAUCAUCCAGGGCGACGAGGUCGACCCGACCGACGUGCACAAGUCGCUCGUCCGCAUCCGCGAGCGAGGCCUCGCGUCGUUCAUCCCGUGGGGCCCGGCGUCGAUCCAGGUCGCGCUCACCACGCCGAGCCCGUACGUGCGCGCCAAGAGCCUCGUCGAGGGGUCGGCGCCGCCGCCGAGGGUCAGCGGCUGCAUGGUCGCCAACCACACCGGCAUCGCGUCGCUCUUUGCGGCCCAGCUGCGCCAGUUCGACCUCCUGCGCAACAAGAAGGCGUUCCUCCAGGCGUACACGCCCGAGCCGCUCUUCAACGGUUCGCUCGAGCCGUUCGAGGACGCCCGGGCGUCGGCCGCCGAGCUCAUCGACGAGUACCGCGCCGCCGAGAAGGCAACUUACGUCGAUUACGGCGCGCCGGCGAGCAGCUCGGACGCCGACGCUCGGCAACGCGCACGGUGA